UUGAAGCCGAAGAUAGACUACAAGAUAGAGUUCCGAUGCACACCAUCGGGUCUUUUGCGGGUGCAGUCCCCACGUGAUGUCAGGCGUCUCUGCCCCUCUUUUCUCUAUACUUCCUGAGACCUUGAGAAGUUCUCAACAAGCAUAUCCGCACAUUCAUCAGAACAGUCAUCUCAAUUCAUACUUAGAUUCCUGGAAUCCUGCACUGUGCACCAUCAAAUCCGCAAUGAAAGCUUCGCUUAACCUCGGUCGUAGAUAAAAUUCCUACCCAAAGAAUGGAACUCAUAUCCGGGUGCCCAUUUCUAACAACCUUCGAAAGGUUACACAAGAAAGCGCCGAUGACGAAUGUGCGAAUUGACCCCGCCGAAGAACAUCAACUUCUCUGCCUCUUCAAUCGACACAGCCAAUCCUCUCCAGCCCAAAACGCGUCAUGGAUUCUAUCUAUUCAACAAACCAGCGCAAGUCAGUCCUUCUCUCUCAGCGCAUCAAGCCGAUACGACCGGUCCCAGCACUGUCUGCCCAACGCCUUCUAUACGGAUUUCUGUCAUACCCUUCCUCCAUGGAUGUUGGAUAAAGGCUCGUCUCGUGAGCAGAGGGUCCUAAAGUUGGGCUUGUCUCAUCCGAUGUCAGAUUUUGCAUUUCGAGAAUACAUACAUUCUAUGAACUUAUACUCCUUUCCCACGUUCAUCCAAAACUUCUCAGUUAUUGGGGAAUGUCUCUUUUCUCGGUGUCGUUCCGGUUUCGCCCCGAUGUUCACCUUACCAGUCAGACGACGAGCUCGAUACACUGCCUUCUUUAGUGCAACAGCAAAUCAAUCCUUUCUAUCUCCUGCUAGCAAAUACCAGGUAGUUGGGAUGACAUGCUGACCGCGUGUCAGAACAGACAGGUUUAUCCUAGCUCCAAACUAGUCUGUUUCUACCCAAUGCGUCGGAAAACAUCUACGUCAGAGAAAU